GAAGUACCUGAUAAAAACAAAACUAAUGGACUAUAUUUUAGAGAUGGAAAAUGUCGGAUUGACUACAUCCUGGUAUAUAGAAAAUCUAACCCACAGGCAGAAAAGAGGGAAAUAUUUGAGAGAAAUAUCAGAGCAGAAGGUCUUCAAAUGGAAAAAGAGUCAUCUCUAAUAAACAGUGACAUCAUCUUUGUGAAGUUGCAUGCCCCUUGGGAGGUCCUGGGCAAAUAUGCUGAACUAAUGAAUGUAAGAAUGCCUUUCAGGAGAAAAAUCUAUUACCUGCACCGCCGAUACAAGUUCAUGAAUAGGAUCGAGAAACAAAUAAGCAGGUUUCGAGGAUGGUUACCUAGAAAGCCAAUGAAACUGGACAAGGAGACACUGCCAGAUCUGGAGGAGAAUGACUGCUAUACUGCUCCAUUCAGCCAACAAAGAAUCCAUCACUUCAUCAUACAUAACAAAGAUACUUUCUUCAAUAAUGCUACAAGAAGUAGAAUUGUGCACCAUAUCUUACAAAGAGUGAAAUAUGAAGAAGGGAAAAACAAAAUUGGUCUGAAUCGAUUGCUCAGUAAUGGCUCCUAUGAAGCUGCAUUUCCUCUUCAUGAGGGAAGUUACAGAAGUAAGAAUUCAAUAAAAACACAUGGGGCAGAAAACCACAGACACCUGCUCUAUGAGUGCUGGGCUUCCUGGGGAGUGUGGUACAAAUACCAACCGCUGGACCUUGUGAGACGGUACUUUGGUGAGAAAAUUGGGCUGUACUUUGCCUGGUUAGGCUGGUACACGGGGAUGCUUUUCCCAGCUGCCUUCAUUGGAUUGUUUGUCUUUUUAUAUGGAGUCACCACUCUGAACCACUGCCAAGUCAGUAAAGAAGUCUGCCAAGCUACGGAUAUCAUAAUGUGUCCUAUAUGUGAUAAAUACUGUCCCUUCAUGAGGCUGUCAGACAGCUGUGUUUAUGCCAAGGUAACCCACCUUUUUGACAAUGGAGCUACAGUAUUUUUUGCUGUUUUCAUGGCAGUGUGGGCAACUGUUUUUCUGGAGUUUUGGAAAAGAAGGCGAGCAGUAAUUGCUUAUGACUGGGACUUGAUAGACUGGGAAGAAGAAGAGGAGGAAAUACGUCCGCAGUUUGAAGCGAAGUACUCCAAGAAAGAACGAAUGAACCCCAUAUCCGGGAAGCCAGAGCCUUAUCAAGCAUUUGCAGAUAAAUGCAGCAGACUCAUUGUUUCUGCAUCUGGAAUAUUUUUUAUGAUCUGCGUGGUGAUUGCUGCUGUUUUUGGCAUUGUUAUUUACCGUGUUGUAACUGUCAGCACUUUUGCUGCCUUUAAGUGGGCUUUAAUCAGGAAUAACUCUCAGGUUGCAACUACAGGGACUGCAGUGUGCAUCAACUUUUGCAUCAUCAUGCUACUGAAUGUGCUGUAUGAAAAGGUUGCUCUUUUCCUGACAAAUUUAGAGCAGCCUCGUACUGAAUCUGAGUGGGAGAACAGCUUCACUCUGAAAAUGUUUCUUUUUCAGUUUGUCAAUCUGAACAGCUCUACCUUUUAUAUAGCAUUCUUCCUUGGAAGAUUUACAGGACACCCUGGUGCCUACUUAAGGCUGAUAAACCGGUGGAGACUGGAAGAGUGCCACCCUAGCGGAUGCCUUAUUGAUCUCUGUAUGCAAAUGGGUAUUAUAAUGGUGCUAAAGCAGACCUGGAAUAACUUCAUGGAACUGGGCUACCCGCUAAUUCAAAACUGGUGGACCAGGAGAAAACUACGACAAGAGUAUGGCACACAGAGAAAAACAAACUUCCCACAGUGGGAAAAGGACUACAAUCUGCAACCUAUGAAUGCUUAUGGACUCUUUGAUGAAUACCUGGAAAUGAUUCUUCAGUUCGGGUUCACAACCAUUUUUGUGGCAGCUUUUCCACUGGCACCGCUUCUGGCCUUGCUUAACAAUAUUAUUGAAAUUCGGCUUGAUGCAUACAAAUUUGUCACCCAGUGGAGAAGACCUUUAGCUUCAAGAGCCAAAGAUAUAGGAAUCUGGUACGGGAUCCUGGAAGGCAUUGGAAUUCUUUCUGUUAUCACAAAUGCGUUUGUUAUAGCUGUGACAUCAGAUUUCAUCCCUCGCCUUGUUUAUGCUUACAAAUAUGGACCUUGUGCUGGCCAAGGAGAAGCUGGACAAAAGUGUAUGGUUGGCUAUGUUAAUGCCAGUUUAUCAGUAUUUCUGGUGUCUGACUUUGAAAACCGUUCAGAGCCAACAUCAAAUGGAAGUGAAUUCUCUGGUUCACCAUUGAAAUAUUGCAGGUACAGGGACUACCGAGACCCUCCCCACUCCCCAGUGCCCUAUGGUUACACGCUGCAGUUCUGGCAUGUCUUAGCAGCACGGUUGGCUUUCAUUAUCGUAUUUGAGCACCUUGUCUUUUGCAUAAAGCACCUGAUUUCCUACUUAAUCCCAGAUCUCCCAAAAGAUCUGAGAGAUAGGAUGAGGAGAGAAAAGUACCUGAUUCAGGAAAUGAUGUAUGAAGCUGAACUAGAACGUCUGCAGAAAGAGCGGAAGGAAAGGAAGAAGAACGGAAAAUCUUAUCACAAUGAAUGGCCAUGA